AUGCCGAAAAUAUUUCUGAUAACUGAAUGUAUUGCAUUAUUUGCAGCCGCGUUGUCAACAAUUAUAAAUGCAUUCAUAAUAUUCGUAUUUUUCACGUAAGUUUUGAAAAAUACGAAUUUUUGAAGAAAGAAAAAUGACAAUUUUACGGAGAACAUCGGUAGGAGUUUGAAACCAGAAAGCAUUUAUGAACUUCAAUUUUUGAAGAAAUAAUCACAACUUAAAUAAAGUUCAAAUCAGUUCAAAAAUUGUACAAAACACUUUUCAGAAAACGCAUAUCCACCGCGGAAAAUCUUCGACUCCCUCUCUACCUUGCAAUUGGUGAUAUUGGUUAUGCAAUUGCCUCUCUUAUCCACGUCGGAUAUUUAGCCUAUAUGUGGAAUGACACUUAUUUCGAUUAUAGCCCUGAAUUCAUCAUUUAUACAAACUCUUUUCUUCCGGCGCAUCUUAAAAUCGUUGUAGUUGUUAGUUUGGGAAUGGCAUUCGACCGAGUUUUGGCCAUUUAUUGGCCAGUUUUUUAUCGUCAGACAAGUCGAACAACUUACGCUAACUUGGUUUUCGUGCUCGGUUUUGUUUGGUUCCAAUUUGAUUAUUGGUUUCAAAUGUUAACUCCGGAUUUUGUCCACCAUCCGAAUUGUCCAACAAUGGCGUGUUUUGUCAACAAAAAGUUUUUGAUUUAUGUCAGUUAUUCGAAUACGGUCAGUCCUUUUUUCUCUUCAUCUCCAAAGCCUGCGAUAACAACUUUCAAUGUUUUGUUGUAGAUCUGUGGAAUUCUAAUAGUUAUUAUGAGUAUAUUUGUGUUCAUUGGUCUCCAUAAAAUCUCUCGAAAAAAAUCGAGUUCCAACACACAAUCAUCUACAAAAGCUGUGAAUAUUUUUCAACAAGCCAAUCGAAUUACUGUUGGAAUAUUAUUUGCUUCUCUAUUUUUCGUCACAAUUCCAUCACUUUUAGUCACUUUAUAUGAGGAAAUUACGGGUGUUUCUUUAUUUGCCGAAUUGGGCCCGUUUUAUAUUGCGGCGAUUCUGGUGAAUGGUAGGUUGGAGAACUACACAAUUCAAUUGCAAAAAUUAUUAGCUAGAAAAAAUAUGUGUUUUCUCACGCACAAGUUUUUCGCGCAGCAGAAAUCACUAUUUUCGGUGAUUUGAUUAUUUAGAAAACUUCCGGCUAAUUCCGUCAUAGAAAGUCAGAAAAAAAAAUGACAAACGAAAAUUUAUAAGAUAAAAACGUGAAAUAUGACGUGGCAAUUUAAAAAAGGAUUUCAGAAAUGAAAAACAAUUUCCAGGCGUUGCUGAUGGUCUCGUUUUCCUAAUUCUCAACAUCAAACACAUCGGUUUCAAAACACAAAGUCGUUCAAACACUUUGGUGAGCCUGGCGGCUCCAAGUCGUCUCCCAACCGAAAAUUCGAAAAAACAAACUUUUGAUGCAUGAAAAACCCUAGCAUGGUGUGUUCUAUUAUUUUUAGAUUAAAAGAGUGUUGUGUUAUUAAUUUCAGAAUUUCAAAACGUCAAUGGAAAAAAAAAAACACAAACAUUUUCAGAAUCCAACAACUGGAAAGGAAAUUGCGGCGAUGUCGAUUUACGAGAAAACAAAAAUUAUAAAUGUACAAUGA